UUUUCUUGCUCUUUGUCACAUCAAGCAAGUCUUCACCCUCACCUUCACCAUGCUGGUUCGGUCGUGGUUCUCCUUUGCGAUCGCGAUUGUGGUGGUGGCCGCCGCCAUCAACCUCAACAAUGCCAUUGGUGUAAAGGCCGAAGGAGGACAGACGGAUGAACAACUGUGCGAGGCAUUCACUCGUGACCGCUAUGACGCCCUUGUGGAUGCCAUUAGCAGUGGCCCCGACGCCAUUCGCACCUUGGUGCGCGACACUUUCAGCCCCGACGCGUCUGGGGAAUUCCCAUCCUUCAACGUUCUGCAUGGCGUGGAUGAAGUGCUUGAGUUUUUCAUCAGCAUUCUCCCACCCCCAGGCUGUGGCCACUUUGAGGCCUAUGACAUCAACCACGUCACGGCAGCCAACAACAGCUUCCUCAUCAAGGACAAGGCCGAUCUGCGCAUUGCCUGCUCCUUCAGCAACACCGUCACGAUUGGUUACUACUCAACCAAGAACCCAACAAAGCCGUGCCAUUUCACGUUGGCAGAGGACGCCCACAUCAAGCUGAACCCGCACACGAAGAAGAUCGACCACUUCCUUUACACCUGCGAUACCGCUGCUCUCAUGGCUAACACGCAGCGCUGUCUUGCUGAGUGCGCCUCCGGCAGUGGCGAAGGCCACACCGAUCUCUGAGCUGCUGCAGCAGCACCAAGAAGGAAGGACGCACCCACCUGGAACCAAUGUAAAGGAAGAAACCCC